CGAACAUUUUAAGUAUUACCAAUGGUAUUACACAUCAAUAAUAAACAUGGACACAAAUUAAUGAGUCAUAUCGCGCCAGGAAUGGCAUAUAGUCGACGAUCGUAAUACCAGCUCACGAAAAUGACACAAAUUGAAAUUUGGGAGCAGCGCUCAAGCGCUGACGAUACCUCAAGCUCAGAUGUAGAGCGAACUGAAAACCGUCUACCGUUAUUUGGUAAGAUACUGUCAGCUACAGGCAAAAUCAGACCGCCAUCGCCCAAGGAAUCGUCAACCGAAUCUGAAAGUACCAGUGAAACGGAAUCUGAAGCUGUUACAGUAGAAAGUGAAAGUGACUAUACAACCGCUGAAGAAAGCAGCAGUGAUUAUGAUGAUGAUUGGAUACGGUUGCAGUCAAUUCGCGCCAAUAAUAAACAAUCGCCAGCUUCAUACGCAGAUUGGAAAUUAUUACCCAGAGCGUGGGAUAGCGUUUUCUAUAUAUCAGCAAUGCAUAAUAUGGAAAAUAGAGAACAACGAUUCUUCUACUGUAUCAAAGUACAACAUGUAAACGAACGCAUAUCACGUGCAAGUGGAUUGGGUAAUAUAACCAUGUACACGCCGAAAUUCACACUGAAAGCGGGUGAAGAUAUGAAGUUACCCACGCCGUUGUUCAUAUGGCGUAAAAGAAGACUUACCCUGCCAUAUGGGCAGUUGCAACAUUACUCCAUAGAAAUUGAACUGUGGAAAACACAUCGCAUGAGAAUCAACUCGCUACACGCAUCGCAAAGAAUAACGUUCCAAGAAAUAAUUGAACGGAAUUCUAACUUCAAUAUUACAUUGAAUAUGCACAUACCCCAAGUUACCAGAGAAGGUACUGUAAGGGAAGAGGAAUCUGGUGCCCUAACUGAAUUGUCUGAACGUAGGUACCCAGUACAUAAGAUAUCAGUGUUCCUACUACUAGAGGAGGUGUUCGACUUCUUCUUUGUGUUUGAAAAUUGGUGGUUUACAAUGUCACCAGAACUACCGGAUGCCGUUAAAACGUUGCCAAAGACUUUAAAGAUAUCGGUACCUACUGCAAUGGGCAGCUAUAAUCAAAGUAGUACCACCGAAGCCUCAGAUAGUGCAUACUGGUCAGCCCCGGGGACAUUUAAGUUCCAAGGCACCCUGAGACAACUGAAAUAUGCGUCCUUUACGACCAAAGUUUACUGUGUCCACAAGACAAGGUUCUUUGUCAAACCGCCAGCGCUAUUAGGUACAUGUGUACUAUCACUAAAAUCAGUACAGGAACUACCGCUAGUACGUGGUGUAGUGAAGAAACUAACACUGGGUUCGAGGAACAUGUUUAGCGGUACCAUACAGGGCAAUAUCAGAUGUUGUAUUAAGAGCGCGUCCAUAAGCUUUUUUGAAGAUUUGAAAGUAAGACCAGCACAACCAAUCACAGGUUCCGCGUUAAUUACACAACUUGAUUGUAGGUGCCACUACCUUGUGGUUAGAGUACUGAGAUGCGCAAGCCUACCUGCCUCUAAUACAGAUUCAAAUACAUCGGAUCCCAUGGUCAAAGUUAAGUGGGAUGGAAUUGUCAACUGCACCGGCGUAGUGGAGUCAACAGUGUCACCAAUAUACAACCAGAAUAUGUACUUCCCAAUACAUCUGGUGGAUCACCGUGAGCUGAUUGACCCAGCAUUAAUCAAACACAGCCUACCAGUAGACAUGUCAUCAAAGGGGCCUGUAAUGGUGGAAGUAUGGGACCACGAUGAAACAUCUAGUGAAUUCCUAGGGUCAGUGGAAGUGUCGUUGUCAAAACUGUACACUAACGGUGUAAUGCAGCGAAGAAGCCUUGUUGACGGUAUAUUCAGUGCCGGAUCGUACGAACCUGAAUUAGAUGAUGACGAUGAUUUAUCUAACGAGGAAAUGGAAAUGACAUAUACAGGAGAUGACGCAUCAGAAGUCCCAUAUAGACGUCAUAUGACACGAGUUUAUGAAGCUACCCUGCCGCUUACAGGUGCCACCGUGGCAUCGCGAGGAAGAAAGCCUACAGUAUCAAUGGAAAUGUAUAUACUGCCUCCUAUGCCCACCGAUCUCUACAUACCGGAUGAAGGGAAGAAGGUCAUGCGCACCGAUAUAUACCGUGAUCUAAGUAGAAGGUGGAAUAGAGACUUUGAUGCUUGGCAGGUUGCAUACUGCGACAAAUAUACAGCAGCUGUAAGUUCAAGACGGUUCACAUGCGUCACAAAGUGCGCAUCAAAUGUACAUGAAGAUAUGCAAUCGGAUCUUAUACCGCUAUGCUGUUUCGUGAAACCCAUACAAGUUUAUAUACAGCUGUCACCACCGGGAGAACUCAUGCACUGGAUAUCUAACUUCACUUUUAAAGAAGAUAGUAUGGUCAACGUAGGCACGAAAUUGUUAAUAGAAUCAUGGCAAAUGCCAUCAAGGUUUGUACUUACACGAAAAGGUGGUUUACAUGACAGAGCAUUACUGCUAUGUAGCUGUUUGCUUGGUCUGGGCUAUGAUGCCUACGUAUGCAAAGGGACACUCGACAACGGUAAGAGAGAACACUGCUGGGUAAUGACACGACAUUCCGAUGGAACUGUCACCUUCUGGGAAACAGCGAAUAAACGUAUGUGGCAUCUGCCGCAACGAUGGAAGACACAGAUACCAGUAGAGAAAAACAAAGAAGACAAGGUCAUGGAAACAGGAAGUUACCAAGAAAUAAAUCCAAAACAAGCUGAAAAUGUGAAUAAUCAACCUAAGCAUGUAAUGACUAAAAGGAAACAAGCUAAACGUUUGAUGGAUUGUGAGAUUUAUGGAAGUGACUAUGUAGCAGAUGUGAAAGUUGACCUCCACUCAAUAUUCAGUGGAAAUGAGUUCAUCGCAGAUGGCAAAGUAUCAUUGCCGAAACAUACCACUUUCCUAGUAGACAAACAGCAAUAUGAAAAGGCAGCACGCAGAAGAAGUACCUUCGACCCCAAGGCGCAUUUGCUAGUAGAAGGAAAGACGUUGGUGCAUCUACCUUAUUCAACAAUCGAGGUAAUUUUUAAUGAUAAACAACUCUGGGGAAAUCUACAGUUCCAGCAUCCAGGAUGUAUCACUUAUGACCUUGAAUUAAAUGACCAAUGGAAACCAUUUCUUCAGGCGCCUCCAGUAAAUACAUUUAUGCCAGAUGUGCAAAUCACUGCUCCGGCACCUUCUUCAGUCUGCGGAGCUACUGCAAAAGAAAUAUAUGGAGAUAUAGUAGAAAUGAUUGAGUUGAUGUACGCCCAAAAAGGUCGUGUUGCAAAUGUGGCAAAAGAUCAACAGAUGGAUGAACGGUUGGAAUCGUUGAUCGAUCUGUUGGAGUUCAGACAAAGAUUGGAUCCUCAGUUUGAUCCAGGGAUGCCACCACAUCUUAAAGGUUGGAGUACAAAAAACCAAGCUAAACCCAAGUACGUCAAACCCGAAAUAAAGAAAAAGGCAGCUUUAAAAGUUGAUGCAAAUCAAGAUAUGGAAGAAAAUGAUGCUAAGUUACCAGCGACAGUGACUGGACAUGUUGGAGGUGGUGGUUCCCAAGAGAAAAUAGAACAAAUGCGAAGUAUGAUGGAAACUGCAAAUGUACUUGCUGAAGGCGUAAAAAAACAAGACAAAGGUCAGCCGACUGAUGAUGGUUACGAUUCUGAUGAAACAAUGGCUUCAACAGACGAUAGCGUUGAUUUUAACACUGCCAUUGUUACUGUACACAACAAAGAACGGACAAAGGAUAAGGUAUCACCGGCACAACCACGAACCAUGCCCCCAAGAAGAAAUGUUGGUUUGGUCGCGAGACUUAAAGCCAUUGUAUUCCCAGCUCCCAAACAUAACGCUAUGUAUAAUGAAGAUGCAAUAGUGUUAUUCAAAUCGCAAGCAAACAAUCGACCUUGGACGGCCAAAAUAUCUCCAUCAGGAUUUCGUCUGAAGAAGCCUAUGCCCAAAAUCAAGGAACCUGAAUUUGACAUUUUCAAGGUACUGUCUAAUGCUUCACAACAUCUGGACAUUGGCAAUGUGCAAGAACAUUCAGAGUAUAGCUAUAAAUUGGAUUCCAGUGAUUGCAUCCAACUGGAAGAUGAUAUGGAGGUGCCCACACCGACUUCUGUAAUCGAGGAUAUAUCAGAAACAUUGCCGUGGAACCAUCCAUUAUCUGAUUAUAGGCAAUGUAUAAAUCUGGCAGUUCACCUUAAGGCGCCAGUGGUAAAGUCGAAGCCUGAGCCACAACCUAAAAUGGAAACAGGUUUCAAUCGCAGAGUCCAAAAAAGGAAAAUGAAACUAUCCGAACGGAAGGGAGGAUUUAUGAAAAGAAUAAUUGGUAAAUUCAAACUACAGGAGACUCCUGAUGCACACGCCAUGCCACAGUUCAUGGUCGAUAUGCAAUCUGUCAUUAAAGAACCCAGGCUUACACAGAAUUACGCCGAUCACCCGUUCCCAAUACCUAAAGAAUACUUGAUACAUCAAAGUAAACAACUGUCCAAGUGGAAUUGGUAUUAUAACAUGGAAGCACGUCAAUUUGCUUGGAGGCGUCACUUGCCAAUCCCUCACAAUCACACUUUUGUCGGCGUACCCAUACACUUUUCAACCAGCGACAUAAAUGAUAUUAGGCACUUGAUGCAUUACAGCAAACGCUGUAAGAAGAUGCUAGUACCCAACGUUGAUCGUUGCGUCAACGUAGUCUACGUUAAGGUAUACCCACUCCUGGGAGGAGUAUUCUCAACGUGGAUAUUCCUAGGUUGUCACGUACCAUGGAAUAUACAGUAAAUUAUCAAAUUAAUCGUAAUAUUUACAUCUAUAUUCAUUAGCGUAACUCUAUGUUAAACA